AAAGAAAAAGGGGGAAGAACAAGAAGCAAAUUAAAGCAAAAUGGAGAAGCAUUUUCUCCAUCUACCUGUUUCCUACUCAAAUUAAUUUCAAUUAGUUGAAAGUUAGAUCCCAAAAUUUCAAUGCCUCCAUAAAAUCUCAAUCUCAAUAUUUCUCUCCCAAAAUCCCCACACCGCCAUGGAAAUCGCCUCCUCCUCAAACAAAGAUCCCAAAUCCACUCAAUCCAUCGCCGCCGCCCGCUCCCGGAGACGCCGCAACACCUGCAUCGGAAUCUCCAUCGCCACCGUCGUCCUCCUCGUAGUUCUAAUCGUCAUUCUAGCCUUCACGGUUUUCAAAGCCAAACGCCCUAUCACCGCCAUCAAUUCCGUUACCCUAGCCGAUCUCGAUGUGUCGCUAAACCUAGCCAGAGUCUCUGUCGACAUCAACGUCACUCUGAUCGCCGACGUCGCAAUCACGAACCCUAACAAAGUCGGAUUCAGCUACUCGAAUAGCACCGCGUUUUUGAAUUACAGAGGGGAAUUGGUCGGAGAAGCGCCGAUUACGGCUGGGCGAAUCGAUGCGGGACAGAGGAAGGAGAUGAAUAUCACGCUAACGAUCAUGGCAGAUCGGCUACUGAAGACGACGACGGUGUUCUCCGACGUGGUGGCUGGAACGAUGCCGUUGAAUACGUAUACGAGAAUUUCAGGUAAGGUGAGGAUUUUGGGGAUUUUCAACAUUCAUGUGGUUUCAACUACGUCGUGUGAUUUCAAUGUCAGUAUAUCGGAGAGGAAAGUUGGAGAUCAACAGUGUAAUUAUCAUACUAAGAUCUGAUUAAUUAAGUUUCUUCUUCUUGUUCUUCAGUAAAUUAUGAACAGAUUUGUAGGUUUAUUUAGGGCUGUUUUAACACUGUUUUUAUUGAUUGAUUUGGUAUUUAGUUACUAUUUUUGAACUAAA